AUGGCUGCUUUCGUUAAGCAGAUCCCUCGGAGCAUCUUGGUCUUUGGAGCUUCCGGCCAUAUCGGACGCCCUCUGGCCGAGUUUCUCGCCAAGAAUGCACCUUCAAUCAGUUUAUCUCUGGCAACUAGCAGCCCCGAGAAACGAGAUACCCUCCAGAGCUUAUUUCCCAAGGCUCACAUCGUCCAGGCCAAUUACACGGAUGUUGCCUCCUUAACGAAAGCUCUCCAAGGCAUUGAGGGGGUGUUUGUCGUUACUCCGAGCGGAACUGAUGAGAGAACGGCCAUGACCAACCUGGUGACUGCUUUGAGUGGAAGCAAAGACAUUAUACACAUUGUUCGCUUGGUUGGUGUCUUUCCGGAGUUUGCUCCGCAACGCGUUCCCAAGGCUCUGAUACCUGGAGGUCUGCCCUACGAGCAUCCAAUCGCCAAGAGCAUCUUGGACAACAGCGGCCUCCCAGUGACGUAUCUGAAUUGCGGCGCCAGUUUCAUCGACAAUCUAUGGCUACAGAUAGGCCCGGUUCUAGAAAGGCAGACAUUCGUCUGGCCAGAGCACCGAGUGCCGUUUAUGGAUCCCCGCGAUAUAGGUGAAAUUGCUGCGAGACUUUUGCUGUCAGACAAUUCCAAGCAUAUUGGCGCAUUUCAUACGAUGAAUAAUGGCCAAGAUUGGCUUACCUUCAAAGAGGUAUCUGUCAUCUUGAGCGAAGUGCUGGACCAGCCAGUGGGAUAUGAUGGGAGUUACGAAGGUUUCGUCGAGACAUUUGGCCCAAGAAUAGGACCGGUGGUAGAUACGUUGUGGGCUUUCUUCAAGUUUGAGGAAACAAACGAGGAGAACUGGGCCCUUAACGGCUUUUCUGAGAGGAUUCUCGGUCGAAAGCCCCGCACUGUCCGAGAAUGGAUCAUAGAACAUAAGGACAAGCUUCUUGAAGCACCUAAGAAGCUCCAAUGGUCAGGGAAAACGGUUUGA